AUGACCGUCCUUGAGCACCGGUUAAAUGCUUUCUGGAAUAGACUCGAUGUGGCGCCACGGUUAACCUCAUCUAGUAUCUCGAACUAUCAUUCGCCGAGACUAGCCUUUCCAUUUUUACCUGUCAUUUUCUGCCUUAAAUUUGUUCUGUUUUUUUUUUCUUUCAAUGUUAAAUUGAAAGAGGGAAAAACUCUGUUUUUUUCGAUCAAUUUCAUUCUUCCUUUUCUUCUUCAUUUAUCCUUUUCUUCCUUUUUUUCCAUCAUUUUUUACUAUUUAUUUUCUUAUUUAUUUCUCUCAUAUCGCUGUUUUACUGUUCUUUAUAGGGCUUUCUAUCCUUUUCUAUUGCCUUGUAAAUGUAAUUUUUUUCUUUCUUAUUUCUUUCUUUUUCUUUCAUUUCUUCUUUUAUCCUUUCAAUCGUUUAUUCCUAUUUCCUUUUCUUCUCUACCAUUUUCUACUUUCUCUCCUUCUCUUCCAUUUUAUUCAACAUUUCCUUCUCUUACAUAUCCCUCUUCAUUUCUUUUUUUAUUUGUCUCUUCUUUCCAUCUCUCCCAGUUUCUUCUUCCUUUCCUUCCCUUCCAUUUCUUUCUUCCUUCUCUUCUCUUCCAUUUCUUUCUUCCUUUCCUUUUCUUCAAUUUUCUUCUUCCUUUCAUAGUCUUCCAUGUUCUUCUUCAUUUCCUUUCUUUUCCAUUUGCUUCUCCAUUUCCUUCGAUUUAUUUAAUUUUAUCUUCUCUUUGUUCUUUUAUUUCCAGAUACGUCGUUCUUGUUCUUGUUUUGGUUUUUGUUGCUGUUGUUGUUGUUGUUAUUCUUCUUCUUCUUCUUCUUCUUCUUCUGCUUCUUAUACCUCCUCCUCUAAAUUCUCGUUCUUCUUGUUCUUGUUCUCCUGUUCUCUUCUUCUUCUUCUUCUUCUUCUUCUUCUUCUUAUCGUUUCCUCGCUUUCAUACUCAUAACUGUUAUUUUUUUCAAUUUUUUAUUCUUCUUUUUCCUUUUUCGCCAUUAUUUCUUUCAAUUUAUAUCAUGUUUUCUCAUUUUUGCUCUUUCUUUUUCAACCCGAUUUUUUCUUUACUUUAUUUUGCCCUGCCAUUUCUACCUGAUUCAUUUUCCUCUCCUUCCCUUUGCCUCUUCAUUCCUUCCUUCAAUUUUCAUCAUUUUUCUAUUUAUAUUCUUUUUCUUCCUCUCGUAUCGCUUUUUUUACUUUUCUUUUUACUUUUUCUUCUACCUCAUCAUCAUUAUCUUCUUCUUCUUCUUCUUCUUCUUCCCCUUCUAUUGCUUUGUUCUCUUCCAUCUAUAUCUAGGCUCUAUUUUUCAUUCGUUUUUAUUGGCACUUUUCUCUUUUUUCUUUUUCUGCUUCUCUUUUUCUUCUUCUUCUUUUUUCUUCUUGUUUUUCGUCUCAUUCUUGUUAUUUUUCUUUCUUUUUCUCCUCUUUCUUCUCCCUCUCUUUCUUCUUCUUCUUCUUCUUCAUCUUCUUCUGUUUUUCUUCUUCUUAGUCGUCCUUAUCCACUUCUCUUUUAUCUUCUUCCUUUUAAACAUAUAUUUUCUUCUUUUUCCUCUUCUUGUUUUUCAUUUCAUUCUUCCUAUUUUUUCUUUCUUUUCUUUUUCUCUUUCUUCUUCUCUUUAUUUUUCUACCCCUUCGUCUUCUUAAUUUGUAUAUCAUUCUUUCCUAUUCACUUUUUUACCAUUUAUAUUUUUCACCCUUCCAUUAAUUCUUUCUUUUCUUUUCUCUCAUUAUUGGCAUUUGCAAUUUUUUCCUUUCAUCCCUCCCUCUCUCUACUUGCUCUUUCUUCCUCUUCUCCUUUACAUUCUUCGCGAUUAUAUAAUAUCAUGAAAGGAUCUAAGAAAAGAAAAUUCAAGAUCUAUCUAUCUAUCUAUCUAUCUAUCUAUGAAAUUCUAUUCAUAUCUAUUUCUUUCAGUCCAUUCUCUCCCUUGCUCUCUCUUUCUUUCUCUUUGUGUGCCUACAUUCUUAUGAGUACUCUGACGUUUCUUGGCUCGUCAAUCAUUCUUUUAUUGUGCGGCCAAAUUACUUGCUUUAUUUUUUUUUUUCUCUCUCUUCCUUCUCUGUUAUUCAAUACCAUCCAGGCGGAACCGAAGAUGAAUAGAGUCUUGUUUGCUAAAGGAUUUCAUUUUGACGCUUCUCUUCCCAUCAUACACUUGUACUGUUUCUUCCGUGGGGAUAUUUUUUUUUUUACAACGUCUUUUCUUUCUUCAUUCAUUUAUAAACCGCUGUCUUGUCUUGGUGAAAUGAUUAUUUCUUUGUUCUCUCUUUCUUUUUUUCUUUCUUUCUUUCUUUCUUUCUUUCGGAUUACAGAUUUCCUUUUUCUUCUUUCAAUUGUUUCUUUACGUUUUUACCGUCGCUCUAUAUUGUUCAUAAUUCCUUUCUUUCUAUUCUUUUUAUCUUUCAUAGAUAGUUUAUUUCUUCUGUUCAUGCUUUCUGUAUUUCCAGCUUUCAUAUUUCCUUUUUCUCUUCUUUUAUCUAUAAUUCAUGAUCGUUUUCUUUCGUUUUUAUUUG